CCGGGGGCGAGGACAGGACGGGAGUCUGAGCGCAGGUGGAUCUCGCAGUUACAGCGUCAAGUGUAUAACAACUUAACCUGCCGAUAAAGGGGGAGAGAGAGAGAGAGUGAGUGAGUUUAAAAACAACACCAAAAAUCCUCCGGAUUGUGUCGUCCCGCAAGAAUUCCACUUAAGACAAAAACAAAAUGAUGUCCCACAUGAAAAGUACCACAGUGAGCCAUGUCCAAAGCCUCAGCACAACCCAGGCAGAAGAAACAGUGCGUUAUAACCACAACUAUGAGAGCGAGAUGGAAGAGUACAUGAUGCAGGAGGAAGACUGGGAUAGAGACCUCCUGCUGGACCCUGCGUGGGAGAAGCAGCAGAGAAAGACCUUUACUGCUUGGUGCAAUUCACAUUUGCGGAAAGCUGGUACACAAAUUGAAAACAUUGAAGAUGACUUCAGAAAUGGACUUAAACUUAUGCUGCUUUUGGAAGUUAUUUCAGGUGAGCGACUGCCAAAGCCAGAUCAAGGCAAGAUGCGUUUCCAUAAAAUUGCAAAUGUUAACAAAGCAUUGGAUUACAUUUCCAGCAAAGGAGUAAAGCUUGUAUCAAUUGGUGCUGAAGAAAUAGUAGAUGGGAAUGUGAAGAUGACUUUGGGUAUGAUUUGGACCAUCAUCCUUCGUUUUGCGAUUCAUGACAUAUCUGUGGAGGAAACAUCUGCUAAAGAAGGUUUGCUGUUAUGGUGCCAGAGAAAGACUGCACCCUAUAAGAACGUAAAUGUGCAGAAUUUCCAUACAAGUUGGAAAGAUGGCCUUGCACUCUGCGCGCUCAUCCACAGACAUCGACCUGACCUUAUUGACUACUCCAAGCUCCGGAAGGAUGAUGCCCUUUACAACUUGAAUCUUGCUUUGGACAUUGCAGAAAAAGAAUUGGAUAUCCCCAAGAUGCUGGAUGCAGAAGACAUUGUAGAUGCAGCAAGACCUGACGAAAGGGCUGUUAUGACUUAUGUUUCCUGUUACUACCAUACGUUUGCAGGUGCACAGAAGGCUGAGAUGGCAGCCAACAGAAUUUGCAAGAUACUGGCAGUGAAUCAGGAGAAUGAAAAGUCAAUGGGAGAGUAUGAGAGGCUGGCCAGUGAGCUGCUGCAAUGGAUUCAGAGGACCAUUCCCUGGCUGGAAAACCGAUCUUCUGAGAAGACGAUGCAAGCCAUGCAACGGAAAUUGGAAGACUUUCGGGACUACCGUCGUUUGCACAAGCCUCCCAAAAUUCAGGAGAAGUGUCAGUUGGAAAUCAACUUCAACACUUUGCAGACCAAGUUGAGGAUUAGCAACAGACCAGCCUUCAUGCCCUCUGAGGGAAAAAUGGUUUCAGACAUUGCAGGUGCUUGGCAGCGCCUUGAGCAGGCAGAAAAGGGAUAUGAAGAAUGGCUUCUGACAGAAAUAAGGAGGUUGGAGCGAUUAGAUCACCUGGCUGAGAAAUUCAGACAGAAAGCAACAACUUAUGAAGCAUGGUCACAUGGGAAAGAUUAUAUUUUGAUGCAGAAGGAUUAUGAAUCUGCCUCCUUGACUGAAGUGCGGGCUUUACUGAGAAAACAUGAGGCAUUUGAGAGUGACUUGGCUGCACACCAGGACCGCGUGGAGCAGAUUGCUGCCAUUGCACAGGAACUGAAUGAGUUGGAUUAUCACAAUGCUGCUGAAGUAAAUGCAAGGUGCCAGAAAAUCUGUGAUCAGUGGGACAGUUUUGGAACACUCACACAGAAGCGAAGAGAGGCUUUAGAGAGAGCCGAGAAAUUACAAGAAACCAUUGAUCAGCUCUUCUUGGAGUUUGCUAAACGAGCUUCCCCGUUUAACAACUGGAUGGAAGGAGCAAUGGAAGAUCUUCAAGACAUGUUUAUUGUUCACAGUAUUGAAGAAAUCCAGAGUCUGAUAGCAGCACACGAACAGUUUAAAGCUACCUUACCAGAAGCAGACAGCGAGAAGCAAGCCAUCCUGGGAAUCCUGAAUGAAGUGCAGAAGAUUACUCAGACCUAUAACAUCUCAUCCACUGUGUCAAAUCCUUAUAGCAUGAUAUCACGUGAAGAGAUCAGUGCCAAAUGGGACAAGGUGAAGCAAUUGGUUCCUCAGAGAGAUGCAGCCCUGCAAGAGGAGCUUGUACGGCAACAUGGAAAUGAACGUCUGCGUCGCCAGUUUGCCAGCCAGGCAAAUGUCAUUGGACCUUGGAUCCAGCGUAAGAUGGAGGAAAUAGCUCAAAGUUCUAUUGAAAUGAGUGGAACCCUGGAAGAUCAGAUGAAUCAACUGAAACAGCUGGAGGAGGUCAUCGUUAACUAUAAACCCAAUGUUGACAAACUGGAAGGAGAUCAUCAACUUAUUCAAGAGGCCCUAAUCUUUGACAACAAGCACACCAAUUAUACGAUGGAGCACAUUCGCGUUGGCUGGGAGAUGCUUCUUACUACAAUUGCCAGGUCCAUGAAUGAAAUUGAGACCCAAAUUUUAACUAGAGAUGCUAAAGGAAUCACCCAACAACAGAUGAAUGAAUUCCGGUCGUCUUUCAGCCAUUUUGACAGGGAUGUUUCUGGCAAACUGCAACCAAAGGAUUUAAAAGCCUGCCUCAUCAGCCUUGGACAUGUUGGAAAUGAUAAAAAGAAGAAGAAUGGGGCGAUGGAGCCAGAUGAUCUCAGAGCUUGCCUCAUCUCCAUGGGCUUUGAUUUGGGUGAGGCUGAAUUUGCUCGGAUCAUGAAUCUAGUUGAUCCAAACAAUACUGGCCUGGUGUCAUUCCAGUCUUUCAUCUCCUUCAUGACCCGAGAGACUGCUGACACAGAUACAGCGGAACAAGUUGUGGCUUCCUUUAGGAUUCUGGCAGGAGAUAAACCUUACAUCCUAGCCGAGGAAUUGCGUCGAGAGCUGCCCUCCGAGCAGGCUGAAUAUUGCAUUGCCAGCAUGCCACCAUACAGAGGGCCCAAUGCUGUACCGGGAGCCCUGGAUUAUGUUUCAUUUUCGACUGCACUCUAUGGUGAAAGUGACCUGUGAAAAAUGGACUCAGAUGCAGAGUUUGCUCUUUCUUACCAAAGUCUGGAUAUUUUAGGAAGUAAAAGCAUAGAACAAUAAAUAAUAGCCUUGAAUGCAAUGUUAGAUGUGGAUCUUUAAAAAAGAUGCAGAGCUGUGUGUGGCACCAGGGAAAAAUGAUGGAAGUACCAUCUCCUUGUAUGAAUUAUGUUUUAGUACAAAAUCUUUUUUAAAAAAAAUCAGGAUUUGGUACUGGAAACAUACAUGUCACUGCAAAAUCUGAUUAACUCAUUUUGUUUUAAAGUCUGCUUGUUAACUAUUGCUUGUUGAACAUUGACUUUUACACAAGUUACUGACAGGAUCUUUUGUGAGCAGUUUGUAGAUCCUAUUACAGAAUUUGUAAGGAACAGCUCAAGCAUUCCUGAGAUACCAAAGAAAAUGUCACAGGAAUAAUUAGAAUCAGAUUAUAUAAUUGUGGGCCAGUUCAGAAUACAAAAAAAACACAGAGCUCUCUGCAUCUUCAGCCACCUUUAAUCGUUUUCUCUAUCUGGUUUGUAUUUGAAACUGCCAAGGGUAUUCACUUGCACAAUACCAUGUAAAGCCAAUGCCCACUACUCACCACCGUGUGUGCGAAGUAAUUACAUUUAAACUGUCAGAGCUUAAGUCUUUACUCCUUUUUGUCAUGUUUAGUGAUCAUUAAUCACCUUCAACUUAUUAUUAAUUUUUUAAAAUUCUGGAUCCUUCUAAUGUGAAAUGAUAGUGUCAUUAGGGUGGUCUUUGAAGUGUAACAGUACAAAAGGGAAGAUUAAAGGAAUUCAACAAACAGACUUGAUACAUUUUCCUUUAUGAAGCUAUUGUAAAAUAUAACAAUUGACAUUUUUACCACUGCUGAUGUUUGAAAUAUUAUUAAAAUAUGCACUUGCUAAAUUGACUUCUCUUAUUUCAUAUCCAUAGUAUAUACAGAAGCUGAUGGUUUGCUGCAAUCCAAAAAUUAAAGAUAUAAUAAAGUGACAAAAAAUAGUUUUAAGACCAAGAUUUAUUAAUGGCAAUAUUAACCAUUGAAUUUGUAUGAAUUCUGACCUGAUUUGUGAAUGACAUACCUUGUCAGCUGAACUGAAAAGCCAGGAAUUUUCACUGAACUGCUCCUGCCACUUUGUAGAAAACCCAUUGACACAAGUGAAUUGGGUUUUUGCCAAGCUUCCCAUUAUGUUAUGCAGCACAGGAGCAGAAAGCGAGGAAAACCAUAGAUUUCAGGCUUUUAUGUCAGUUAUGCCCUUUCACAACAGUGCUCGGAGAGAGUAGAAAGAAGCACAAGGAAGGAAGGAGACAGUGGUAUUCUGGUAACUUUACUGGAUUAGUAAAUCAGAAGCUCAAGCUAAUGUUCUGGAGACAUGUUCAAAUCCCAUCAUGACAGCUGUAGGAAUUAAAAUUCUGCUAAUAAAC